GCCCGGCGGUCUGCAUACAAUGCGUGAGUUGUGGCUGCACCAUCUCGUUCUAGACACCGCCGUCGUGCUCGGCAUAUACUAGACCAUGCCCUCGCACCCAAGUGUCCGCCGCUCCUGGUGCUUAUCCUCGUCCUCUCAUCUCUUGCGGUAGCCGGCAGAACGGCCACAAUGGGUGCUGCUUCCGACUCCAGCAGGCCGCACGAAUCGUCACUCCAGGACUAUCUGCUCACCAACAAGGCAAAUUGGAACGAGCGUGCAACCCUCCACGCGGUGUCCAAAGACUACGAUGCGGCGCGACUGGUCAGUGAUGCAUCAGCAAUUUCAGAUGUUGUCUCGUUUGACCUACCACUCCUCGGCGACAUCUCCGGUUAUGAUUGCGUUCACUUGCAGUGCCAUAUUGGAACCGAUACUCUCUCGCUAGUACGCCUCGGCGCCAAGAGCGUUGUUGGUCUUGACUUCUCGACUGCAGCAGUGAGGGAAGCCCAGGAUAUUGCCAACAGAGCAGGUUUUGAGCAAGCGAAGCUCAAAUACGUCGAGGCCGAUGCCUAUCAUGCUGUGUCAGUCCUGGGGGCAGGAGCUUUCGAUAUGGUGUUCACGGGCAUCGGCGCGAUAUGUUGGCUUCCUUCGAUUCGACAAUGGGCUCAGCAAGUGAGCGGACUUCUCAAGCCAGGAGGCAGACUCUUCAUUCGCGAAGGCCACCCUGUAGUCUGGAGCAUCGACGAAACCAUACUCGAUGCACGUGGCCCAGUCAUCACCUAUCCCUACUUCGAAACUACGAAGCCGGUAGAAAGCGAGAGCGAGGAUACUUACGUAGAUACUGACGGCAAGAAGCUUACGAGCACGAAGAGUGUAAGCUGGAACCACGGUAUCGGAGAGAUUUUGACUGCCCUCCUAGAAGUCGGCAUGGAGAUCACUGGGUUCGUUGAGCAUAAGACCAUUCCUUGGGUUGCCUUUCCUGGCAAGAUGGAGAAGGACACGAAACGUGGAGAAUGGAAGUUGAUCGAAGGCGAAGAUAACGUUCCCCUCAGCUACACGCUACAAGCGAAGAAGAAAUAGAAGCACGAGAAAUAUCAUCAAGACAGGAACAAUCUGCUGCUUGGCCUUCUGCUCAUUGAUACCCUGCGCUUUCCUGCAGAAGCCACAGCUGAUGAUGCUCAAUCGCGC